CUCAGCCCCUCCACACGCGGAGCCGUUUCUUCCCCCGAGAUUGUGCCAACCCUUGCCCCCCAUGACCAGCCCCCUUGGUGUGGAAGGGAAUGGGGACGUGAAUUUUCACUUCACCCUUUAGGAGCCCAGCCUAGAGCCUCCGGAAGCUCCGUUGUCUCCCCUCCCCCAUGGCCGACCCUAUUGUGAGGUCAGGGCCAAGUCAAGGCCUGAGAGUCCCUGGAAGCCAGGCAGCCCUGCCCAGGAAGCCAGGCCGUAGAAGGUGGCCGCAGUGGCCAGUCCCCUGAACCCUGUGCUCCUUUCAGAACUAGCCGGGGCAGGGUGACACAGGAUGUAGCUUUGGGUUUUGACAUCUAACCCAUAAAGGGGCUCAUUCAUCUUAACAUACCAACUUCUGGAAGGAAACACAGGGGCCUGGCCAUUUCCAACACGGCUCAGCAAUUUAACAUCAUUUCUUUCCUUCCGGGUAACUUGAAGAGACCAUUGACGUUUUGACACCACUGGAACUUAAGCUCUUGUGGAACUGAACCAAAUAAAAGUAUGGAUAUGGGAAAUCAACAUCCUUCUAUUAGUAGGCUUCAGGAAAUACAAAAGGAAGUCAAGAGUAUUGAACAACAAGUAAUUGGCUUCAGUGGUCUCUCACAUGAUAAGAACUAUAAGAAACUGGAAAGGAUUCUGACUAAACAGCUUUUUGAAAUUGACUCUGUAGAUACUGAAGGAAAGGGGGAUAUUCAGCAAGCCAGAAAAAGAGCUGCUCAAGACACAGAACGCCUUCUCAAAGAACUGGAGCAGAAUGCAAACCACCCGCACCGGAUAGAGAUAGAAAAUAUUUUUAAGGAAGCUCAGUCACUUGUCAAGGAAGAAAUUGCUCCACUUUGUAGUGGAGAUAACAGGGUAACUGAUGAAUUUGAAGAAGCCAUCCAGGAUGUCAUACUGAGACUGACACAUGUAAAAACUGGAGGGAAAAUCUCUUUGCGGAAAGCAAGAUAUCACACAUUGACUAGAAUAUGUGCAGUUCAAGAGAUUAUUGAAGAUUCCAUGAAGAGGCAACCUUCCUUGCCACUUUCUGAAGAUACACACCCUUCUGUUUCCAAAAUAAACUCUGUUAUGUGCGAAGUGAACAAAGCCAGAGGAACUCUAAUUGCUCUUUUAAUGGGAGUAAACAACAGUGAGACUUGCAAACACUUGUCCUGUGUGCUCUCGGGGUUGAUUGCUGAUCUGGAUGCUUUAGAUGUCUGUGGACGUACAGAAAUAAGAAAUUAUAGGAAGGAAGUAGUGGAAGAUAUCAACAAAUUAUUGAAAUAUUUGGAUUUAGAAGAAGAAGCAGAUUCUACUUAUGCUUUUGACCUGGGACAGAAUCAAUCCAUUUUAAAAAUAGAAGGGGUCCUCAAGAAAAUGAGAGAAGUGAAGAAUGAACUUCUUAAAGCACAAAAUCCUUCUGAUUUAUACCUGGGAUCAAAGACAGAAUUGCAGGGCUUAAUUGGACAGUUGGAUGAAGUGGACCUUGGGAAAAACCCAUGCAUUCGAGAAGCAAGAAGAAGAGCUGUAAUAGAAGUGCAAACAGUUAUCACUUUUAUUGACCUGAAGGAGGCUCUUGAGAAAAGAAAGCAGGGGGUUGCUGAGGAACACCCAUCCCACAAAUCCAUCUGGACCGUUCUUGGUAGCUUGUCUGAGAUCCAGGGAGAAGUUCUUUCAUUUGAUGGAAAUAGAACUGACAAGAACUAUAUACGACUGGAGGAGCUCCUCACAAAGCAACUGCUAGCCCUAGAUGCUGUCGAUCCUCAAGGAGAGGAGAAGUGCAAAGCUGCCAGAAAGCAAGCCGUGAAACUUGCACAGAAUAUUCUCAGCUAUCUCGACUUGAAAUCAGAUGAAUGGGAAUACUAAGAUACCAGAGGUCACACAUUUGAUAUUGCUUGUUUUGCACUUUAUGUAGAUUUCUAUAUAUUUGUAUAGAGCUCUUUCAGUCUACUGAGGCAUAUAUGAUUUAAACAUGCAUAUUUCAGUACCAAGUAUUUGUUUAUGGCCCCUGACUUGAGCAGAUUAUAUCUCUCUUACCAUUUUUCACGGUGCAAAAACAGAUGUAUUUUACAACCCUUUAGCAUUUCUAUUUGGGUUAUAUUAUCUGUAUGAUGUGUAUUUUUAUUCUUCUGAAAAAAAAUGUGUUCUGUGAGAAGCAGAGUUUGUAGUAAUUAAUCUAUUUUUUAAAUGGAUAGUGCAAAAGUAAAAAAUACAGAUGUUCUGAAAUCUAGACAGCCUUCUUACAACAAUACUGGAAAUAAUUAUGAAAAUGAGAAAUAGAUUUAUUAUUGGCCUGUUAAAUCCAAACACUAGAGCAGCACAGAAAAAAAAUUUAAUAUGCUAAAUAAAAGCAAAAGGGAAAACCAAAUUUUAAAACUUAGAAAUGUUGAUUUGUUUUUCCAUUUUACUAUUUUAUUGUUGUUUAAACUACUUUUUUUUCUUUUUUGGUUAGAACUUUAAAUUUAGAAAAGUCUCUUCCUCUAUGCUAUGCAUGGGGGGAUAACAAGGGUGAUCAACAAAUUACUUCCUUUUUUUGUUGUGAAAUUAUGAAAACUAAUAGCAAAAAGGGGAAAUUAUAGAUUGUAUUGAAGAGAUAAAGUACUUAAUACUUUUAAGUUCUUAUGUUAAAUAUGAGUUGAACACUAGUAAUUUCUAUAGAUUGGCAUUUUUUGGUUAAGUUUUUGAUCUUUGGGAAGAGAAUGGAAAAUUUUUAAGAUUAGAAAUGAGUAACUUGUUAUCAAUGGCAAGUUAUGCUGAGUCAGAAAACAUAUAUAUAAUGGUUUUCUUCCAUCAGACAGUCAAGGCUAUGUCAUGGGCAAGCUCGUUAAAUGUGUACUUAACAACAGAUAAUUGCAAAAGAACCACUGAAGUAGAUUUCCAUUGAUUUGUCAGUCUUAGAAAUUAAUUGCUGCUGGGAAAGAGAUGCCAGCAUUUUAAGCACCAAAUUAAAAGGAAAAAUGCAUUGAAAUAGUGAUGCUAGGUAGUCAUUAGAUUGCUAUGGUGGGGGAGGUCAUUUUAUUCAUAUGUGGAAAUAUUUUUUACUCUGAAAUAGACAUUGAAACAAUCGCAAUGCAUGAAAGUUUUCAUAAAAUUGCAUCUGUAUUUUUCUAAAUUUGAUUCUGUUGUCUCCUAGCCCAAACAAAAGAAUUUCUGAAAAGCUCUUAAGUGCCUUUUUAGCAUCUUAAAAGUAGUAUAUCACCUUUACAUGUUCCCAUAUUCUGUAUGGGACAGCCAGGCAUUUCUAUAACGCUAUCCCUCAGAAAAUGUUAAAGCCUAUUAGGUUAUGUAGGUUGAACCAUAUGUUAAUAUUUACUGUCAGGUGUUUUUGUUAUUUGAAUUAGAAAAAAACUUGGCAAAGGAAAACAAUUUAAUAAAGUACCACUCUAAACGAGUGGUUAGCUUUUUAGCUUUUGUUUUUUGUGAUAACAAAAAGGUUGUUAAUACCUUGUCUAUCUUCCGGCUUCGUUUAUUUUUUCCAUUUUGUCAACAUUAUAUAACUGAAGCUUGGAAGUCAGCAGCAGAAGCAGUCUAUGUAUGAUGGCUUCUUUGCCCAGCAUUCCCUAGCCUAUCGUAGUAUUGCAUUUAGUUUGUACUUUAACUUUUUUUCUUGUUAAAAAAAAGCCUUCAUCACUGACUUUUUUAAUGAUCACUUUAAAUUUUAAAGGAACUAUAGUCCCUGAACCAUAAUAUUGCCUGUUCAUUGAAUGUGACGUUUUCAACCUCUGAGAAAAAAGAUGUGACAUAAUGAUGCAUUUAAUAUCACCCCAGUUUUUUUUUAAUUUUACGUCGUGUCUUAAAAUAAAAUGGAGAGAUUAUUCAAGAUUAAAAUAUAUCCACUGGCCUUUAGAGUAUAACAUUUUUCAUGCAGUUUUUUCACCAAAACUAUUUGCUAUGAUUAAUUAAAGAAACAUCUCAUUUAAAACUGCUUAGUAUUAGGCACUGCCUUAUGUGGUGCUAAAUUGGCUAGUUGAUUUCAUCUAUCACAGGGUUAUUUUGUCCACCAAAACUGCCAGAUCAACCUUGAGUGAUCUAAUUGAUUGGCUAUUUUGGUGGCUGGGGAAAAAUUGAAAAUGAUCUGUUUGGUCAAAAUGUUCAAGUAUGCCUUUUUAUUUUUUAACCUAUUCCUUAUUGCCAAGGACUCAUUCCUAUUGUAUUUACUGGUAUAAUAAAUUGCAGUAAUACACAGGUUAGUUUUUCUAUUUUACUUAUUGGGAACUGGUUUGGGUUGGAAUAGAACUUACAGGUUGGCUCAUCAUACUGUAUUUUAAUAAUUUUUGCAUGAAGAAAUAUUGUAAACUAAGGACAGUAUACAAAAAAAGUAUGGCCUGUACUUGUGUUAUUGAAUAGUCAUAAAACAUUUAUAUGUAAUAUGUAAUCUAUAUUCAUAACUAGAAUGGCCAUAAGGGUGUUUGUUUUCUUUAGCUUUUUCAGAUCUUUUAUUCAACUAAGUUAAAACAGACCAGACCAUAAUGAAGUUGUUAUUAGAAAUAAAGAUACCUACCAAAUAGAAUUUAAAUGAAAUGCUUUAAUUUUGUUAAAGUGAUGUGGCACAAUAUAUUUGAAGUAGUGGCAAUACAACAUACAUUUUGUGUGUUUUGAGAAAAAUGUGAAAUAAUUUGCGGGGGGGGGGGUUCUAUUUAUCAUAUUGCUUUUCUGCAUUUUUGUGCAGGUUUGUGAUUGUCUUAAACUUAUUCUGCAAGUUCAGGAUUUUCUUAGGAGUCAUUUAAGCAUUCAAAUGACCUGAUGUUUCUUUUUUCUUUUAAAAAAAAAAUUCAUUGGGAAAUACUUGCCAUUGAUUGUUAAAAUGUAUAACUACACAUAAGUGUGCAGUGUUUGUUUCCUACUCCUUGACUGUAUAAAAAAUGUAAUAGUGUGUCAAGAUAGUUUAAAAUUGUUUUGAAUUAUACAUAUUCAUAUAUGCCUAAUUACUAAUGAAAUAAAAUCUUUUAGUUUAUCUUUAGAAUGGAGGAAGGGCAUAAGUUAGUUAAUCAAAGGUGUGUGUUUUUUGCUCUUGAUGACUAAUUGUAUUUAAAAUUUUGGGGGGCAGCUAGGUGGCUGCAGUGGAUA